AAAUUAAAACUUCAACUAUAAAUAAUGCAAAGAAAAGAUAAGUAUCGACUAGUUUUGAUUGGAAACUUUUUAAAACUUUCCUUCUAUAGAAUACAUAAACAAUAACAAUAAAUAAUGUAUCUAAUUAUCGAGCAUGCGUACAAAUUGUAUCUCUAGUUGAAGAAAUACUCUAUUAGAAGAUAUAAUCUUGUGCAGUUAUGUUUAAACUUUUAAUCCGUCAUGAAAGCCAGCGAUGAAAGUUCCAGCGAUUACGAGUGGGCGAUAGGAAUGACCAAACUGGGCCUGAAAGUCUGCGGAGUCUGGCCCAAUAUCAGAAGACCCAAUUGGCUGAGGAUGCUGAUAAGCAUCAGAGUUACUAUUGCCACGCUUAUUGUCAUGAUUUUUACUAUUAUUCCAGGACUGUUCGCGCUGGUCAAAGUUUGGGGCAACAUGACCCUGAUAAUAGACAACCUGAUAAUAACCUUGCCGUUCUUUACCGCUAUUUUUAAAUUAAAUGUCCUGUGGGCCAAGGAAGAAGAAGUCCAAAAGCUGUUUGACGACAUAAGCGAAGAUUGGUCGAGACCAAGAAGCGAAAUCGAGCGUAAUAUAAUGGUAAAAACAGCAACCGUCGCGAGAAACGUCACGAUUUUCGCGUACAUAUUGGUAAUUUGGGUGAUACUGAUCCACCAUUUGCCGCUGUGGGUCGCCGGAAUCGUCCCCAGGACUCCGACGAACCUCACCGACGGAACCAGGGCUCUAGUUAUGCAAACUAUCUACUUUUACGAUGAAACUUUGACACCUACCUUUGAAAUCACAGCGACUUGCCAAUUCUUGUCUAGUUUGGUGGCUGGAAGCUCUUACACGACAAUUGACUGCGUUUUUGGGGCGCUUAUUCUUCAUGUCAGCGGUCAAUUACAAGUUUUGGAGGUCAAGGUCCAGAAUUUGUGCAAUCACUAUGACAAGGCCACCAAGUCUGUCGAUAAAAUCCUCUUUCAGAAAGAUUUGAAUUCGGUGGCCAAAGCUCAUCAGAGAGUUAUCCUAUUUGUGAAAAGAAUGGAAAAUAUCUUUUGUAUGAUGCUUCUAGAGCAAUUUACAGCCUUUGCAAUCAUCUUUGCGACUGAAGGGUUCAACGUGAUAUCUGUUUUGACUGGAGAUGUAGAUGGUUCAUUUUCAACAAUGAGUUUUUCAAUUUCUUACUUUAUCUACGCUCUCUUUCUUAUUUUUUUGUACUCUGCAGCCGGAGAAUAUUUGAUCGACUGUAGCACAAAGAUCUAUCACGCAGCUUACAAUUCCGAGUGGGUUAAUUUAAAAACAAGAGACAUGUAUCAAAUAAUAAUGAUAAUAAAUCGCGCUCAAAAGCCAUUGAUAGUCACUGCUGGUAAAUUUGCACCCAUUUCGCUAAGUACUUUUGCUAAGUGUGAUCCUGAUUUUCCACAACCAUGUUGUUAUUAUAACACUACUUGCAUACCUAAUAAAGCUAACGAUGGUUACUUUAUGUGUAUACCAGAAGGAAUGCGCAAAUGUGACACUCCAAAUUGCAUUGCAAACAACCUGGAGUUUGGAAGCAACGUUUUAAAGCACAUGGACGCAAAAGUAAAUCCUUGCGAUAAUUUCUACCAAUUCGCUUGCGGAAACUACGCCAGCUUUCCAGCGACAUCCAGAAAAGUAAGAUUCUCCAACCACUUGCAGAAGGUCCGUAACGACAAGUCGAUCCAACUGGAUGAAGCCAUCACCAAAUUAUUAAGCUCCAGUACCCAAUUCAAGCCUUAUAAGAUCGUCCGGACUCUUUUUGACUCCUGCCAAGACGUCAAGACCAACAACCAGAACACAAACGGCCUUAACAGCCUGGAGACCUUGGAAAGCAUAGUAUCGGCUCUAGGAGACUGGCCAGUACUGUUGAAGAACUGGCAGAGUGACUUCAAUUGGAUGGAAUUCAUCAGCAAGGCUCAGAACCUCGGAUUCUCUAAGUUGAGCUUCCUUUAUGCUCAAGUCCUGCAGAACAACUUUGACGGAAGUCUCCAAAUCCGGGUCUCGCCGCCUGACCUGGAGCACUCAGGAGCUCUUCUUAAGUCAACGAAGCGCUACAGCGAAUUGCUGGAGGCUUACACUAUCUUCAUGACCAAGGUGGCCGAGGAACUGGGAGCUGAAGAAAGCAGGUCCAGGGAAGACCUCUUGGAGUCCCUGGCCUUCGAACUGAAGCUCGCUGAAGCAGUCACCAAGGAACCACCAACAUUGAUGACUUUGUCUGAGUUGGAAUCAAAAUGGCCGGGGAUUCAGUGGAUGGAUCUGUUCCAGCAGUUGUUUCCUGACUUUGUCAUUAACUCGGCGACCCCGGUCCAAGUGGAGAACCCCAAGUUCGUCACCAAGCUCGAGCAGGAGCUAUCCCAGACCCCUAAAAGAGUCCAAGCUAACUACGCCGUCUGGAAGAUCAUCCAGAAGUCGAUUCACUUUAUCAAGUCCCCGAGUCUCAGUAGAUUGAUAAGGACAUACUGGCACCAAGUCUUUCCAAACUACGCCUUGCCGCCCAUAGACUGUGUUGAAUUUGUUAAACACUUCUUGCCCUUCAGCAUUUACUCGGUGUUCAUUCGCGAGCACGGUGAUAUUCAUGCCAAGUCUGAAGCUACUGAGUUUGUUGAUAAAAUUGCGAACGAGCUUGGCCAGGUGUUUGAGGGCGUUGAUUGGUUCGAUGAAAGCACGAGAAAGAAAGCCGAUGAUAAGGUCAAGUACAUGACGAAGAUCGUGGGAUACAUCAAUAUGCUAGCGGAUAAUGUUCUGAAGGAGUUUUAUGAGAGUCUUGAAAUUUCGGGGGAUUGUCUCAAGAAUUAUCAGAAUUUGAACUUGUUUAUUAUGAGAAAUAAAAUAAGGAUUGUAAAGAAACCAUUUUAUUUUCAAAACUUGCUGGAUGUAUUUACGUAUUAUCAUAUUCCGGUGCUUACGUCGUAUUCUGCGAGAUAUUUGCCGAAUAAGAAUGUUAUAGAAAUAUCACCAAGCAUACUUCAAGGUUUCUUCUUCAAUAUCGACCGUCCUAAUUACAUAAACUACGGGCGAGCUGGAACAUUAAUCGGCCAUGAAAUGGGGCACGCUUUUGACACCCAAAAUCGUUAUCUAGACAAAAAUGGCUUCCACGACAACUGGUGGACUGAAGCUACAAAUAAUACUUACCUAGAAAAAAUUAAAUGCUUCAUUGAAAAAUGUAAUCUUGCUGCAGAAAAACUCGGAGUUAAGAUCAAUGGAAGUAGAUGCGUUGAUGAGAACUUGGCUGACAGUAUUGGAGUCAGGGUGGCGUAUUCAGCGUAUCAAGACUACCUCAAACAAAACGGCGCGGAUCCAAUUCUUCCUGAAUUGGCACUGUACUCCAACAAUCAGCUGUUCUGGCUGUCUUAUGCCAGCCAAUGGUGUUCUCUUCCACAAAAUUCUGUUGGGAAUAACAGAUAUCUUUCCAAUGAUUUAAGAGUUGUCGCAACGGUUGCUAAUAUUCCAGAGUUUUCCCAGGAUUUCAAGUGUCCGGUGGGCUCUAAUAUGAAUCCUGUUGACAAGUGCAAACUUUUUUAAUUUUAUGAUAA